UAGGGCUCGCAGGUGGACGCCUCUCGGUCAGUUCUUAUUCUUCGCGACGGUGUUUGUGUUACGGCACGGGUAAGGGUGUUAGUUGUGGGCUCUGACGCGAGCGGGUUUUCUCCGAGGUGCCUCCAAGAAAAUCGUUAUUAUCGCCGAUUAGUACUUGUUUUGAAUUCGGACCGCGAGGAUUGAAGUUUUGGACGGUGCGGUAUCGAAGACCAGUGACUAGCCGAAGCAAAGGUUUCAACCUGUAGGUGACCGGUUGGCAGACAGGAGCGGCGAUUGAGAAGAAAUUGACACAUUUUUAAACGUGAGUUAAAAAGUGAAGAAAUAAGGCGCGCCCGGUACAAACCGUAAUUCAGCAGCCCUCCGGCCGGAAGUAUGCUGAAACUUACAUAAUUGAAUAAGUGUUGUGCUGUUUUGUUCCACAACAAAAGUGAGCAGAGGCGCGCCGGUUGUCGGAAGAUUGGGAAUGAAACGGGUCAGUGUUUGAUAUAGUCCACGUGUGUGUGUUUUUUAGUGUGAGAAAGAGGGUUUUCCUAGCCAUUGCCGAGCCGAUGCAUUUCGACGGUCGGUAUCGUAGUUCCUGAUACUAUUGACAGAAAGCAGCGUGGUGGGGUGAGGUUCGAAGAUGGAAACUAGGUGAAACUUGAUGAACUGCGGAUGGUUACAAAGUUUUAAUUACCGUAAUGGAUUGAUUUUGUAAAGUGAACGGCGUCGUUGGCGGAUGGAAGGAGUGUAAGUUAUGAUCAGUGUGGAAAGUGAAAUGAAAAGUAAUGAAGUUUGAGAUAGGGUUGGCUACCUUUUCGGUGCACCAUAAAAAUAAAACUCAUCCGGAAGAAGUUUGCUUGUUAGCGAAGAAUGUGUAGCGCCAGCAAGUGAAGGGGCGAGUGCAACACGCGAACAAAGUGUGUCAGUGUGUGAAAGUGCAAGUGGCAGGUUAAAUUCGGUCGACAGGGCUCGGUGGUAUCGUCCCGUACGCUCCCACUGAUCAACCCGCAUCCUGAUCAGGCGCAGUGAGUGCGGAAGCAAUCAGUCAUUGUGGGGAGCGGAAUUUUAAAAUCGUACAGAUUAGAAUUGGCUUGAAACUCAUUGGGUUGCACUGUUGGUGUUCUACUAGGGUUCACAGAGGUAGAAGGAACGUGGAAGCGGAACCACAGCAGAAGUAGCACAGGAAGGCUCCUGACGAAGUGUUGCAUUCAGCCAAAUACUCGCGAGAACCAUAAAUAAAUGGAGAAAAAGAGUCUACUUUGUUGAUGAUAUGCAUUAGUCGGACGCCGCAUUAGACACCUAGCAGAGCAGUAAUCUACGUGUGCCCUUCGUAGAAAGCUCGGCGCCAUGCUAUGGGCAUAAACAUGUUCAACCAGAAUGAUGACACCUCGACAGUCGGAUCACGAUCGCGUUAUGGCUACUACUACUCGACGUCAUCACCGUCAUCAUCGGUGGAAAAUCAAAGAUACAACGAACAGACAAGCCUAUUUGGUGAUCCGGUUCUACCGGCAAGUCGGCAUACGGAUCUGUUGGAGGGUGGUGAUCUGUACCAGAACCUUAAGAACAACAUCGAACUGUAUCACUCGAAGCUGUACAAUGAACAGGAGAAGGCCCGACAGGCGGAACGGGACAGGAUGUUCAAUCAGUUUACCGGCGGUAAUCAGCAGCGGACAACCUCUUCGGCUACCAGCAGCAGUGUGAGGAAUUCACUGGGAAGCAACAUGACCAGUUUAGUUGACGAUCCGGCUAGAAGGUUUCCACGGACGCAGUCCGCCAGCACUGGAGUGGAGUUCGCUGCAAACAGGCCCUCACUUCUGGACAUGGACCUGUUAAAACAAAACGACUGGAUAAAUUACUCCGAGUACGAGUAUCAAAACAGUCUAAUACCGAAAAACAGUCAAGCCGUGGCGGACGUGCAGCAAUUUACCAACAACAACCUGAACCGAACGAUCGAAAAUGGUGUCUUCCAGAAUCCGCGCAUCGCGGCACUCCGAUCACGUCGUAACUCGAUGAGUGACAACUUGUACGCAGCGUCAACGUUCAGUGGCUUCGAAUCGGUAAUAAACGUAAAGCCAUCCACAUUCACAAUUUUGGGUCACGGAACGGGUUACAAUAGUGCAACCACCAGCACCCAGGUUGAUAAUUCCAAUUCGAGCGAAAAUAUGAGCGAAUAUGAACGGAUGCUGCGGUAUCACAGGGCGGGUGCGACGACUCCCAUCAUCAAGGAUAAGAUUACCACCGGGUCAAACUUUAGGGUUUCCGAAGCACGUCAGCAUAAGAAACCGGCGUUCACAAUUAUCAACGAUGUUCUGCCCAAGUCUCACUCGUUCGAUGCAUCACUCAGUCCAUUACAGCUCUAUCAGAAUAAGCAACGGUUGGCGGCGAAUCGGAUACUGUCGGCCAGUUCCAUGGGAAAUAGCGGGUUUUACAACCGCAUCCUCGAUCUAGUAUCGGAUGGUGGGUUUCCGGCUUACCAGCGUCGGUUCAGCUAUUCCGAGGCUUCCCAAACCUCACCGGUACGACGAAAAAAAUCGAUUUCAAAAAAAGGCGGGAAGGAAUCGAAACGCACAAAAACUAAAACCACUGCCUCUGUUGUCAAUCCUGGUCGGAAACAGAAGGGGGUCCUAGGAGUGGUGAAUAAAGCACAUCUAUCUCCCAAUAGCAGCACUGAGCUGCACGACAAAAGUGCCAAAUUGAUAGUUACAGCGGCGUCAGAGGAUGGACGUUCGAUAACGCCGGACAGCGAACUGCCGGAUCGGGUAGACAUCCCAGAGCAUGUAAUGAGAAACAUGAAACUCCUAUCGUACAAGCCAUUCGGCGGAAGACGUAUGCUUUCGCCAGUUCCGGACAAAAGUUCAAUGGAGAACUCCCAGACUGAACUGCAGGAGCAAUCCCCGGCUAAGCAACAGUCACCAAAAAAGGAAAAGAGUCACAGUUACUUCCGGAAGCCGGUUUUCAACAUUCGUGGAUUGCUUUCACCUAGGAAAGCCAAAGAACAAGAAGGCUCACCGACCAAGACAGAUAAGGGAAGCGGAGGGCUGGGAGCAAUUGCGGCAGCCGGAGCGGUAGCGUUGGCGGCAGCAGCAGCCGGUGACAAGGAGAAGAAAGAGGAACCACCCAAGCGGAAGAGGUUCAAUUUAGCUAGAGCAAUUAUUGAUUUUGGGAAAAAGUCUGAUCUGGAAGAGAAGCCGAUGGAGCAACAGCCUCAAUCUCGUAAAACUGAACCGGUUGUGAAGCGCGAUGGGAACAGGAAAGACUCAGAGGGAAACCGUGUAAAGGAUUUGAAAAAGAAGGAAAAGACGAAAGGAAAAAUUAGCGCACGGAAAGAUGCUGAAGAUUUGCACGAGAGACAAAAACCUCGGAAGGGAGCCGUGAAUGUAUCAACGAAAGGUGUCAGUAGUAAGAAGAGUUCGGAUAAGGCGUUGAAAUCCGACAGAGUUAUUAGUGGCAAACACAGGGAGAAAAGCGCUCGAGACAUCAGUAGUAGAACAGGGACAAGAGCAAGCAGCGGAAAGGCAUCGGCGAAAGUAUUAAGAGGAGGAGAGAAAAGUGCAAAGGCAGGGGCUAAAACACCUCAGAAACCAGUGCCUAGCCCGAAAGCAAGACCACUCAGGAGAAGUAGUUCUGCUAGUGCUUUGAAAGUAGAUAGUGUAAAGAAACUGAACCGUUUGUACGAGAAGAAUACUAAAGCCAGCGAACGGACCGGGAAACUGCUGAAAGGUGACAAAAAGACUCGACAAUCAACCGACAGUCUGUUCAAGAAAGCAGACAGCAAAGGAGAUCUCCUUGCUGGAAAUAAACCGGUUAGUGCGAAAGAAAUCCAGAAGCGCGACUCGGAGAAAUCUUUGAAAAAGAGUGACAGCAACAAGUCACUUGGUAAGUUGAGCAAAAAGAGUGAUUCGAAAAGUUCGCUGCUGGGAAAGAGAUCCGAUUCAAAAUCAAGUUUGCAUCAGACUGAUAUGAAGGGUGGAAUGAUUGAUGCAUCACGACCCGGCAGCAGUAUUGGUGGUGCUGUAGGAUCUGGAACUGACUCAGGAACCCCGUUAAACACAAUGAAAGAAUCUACUCCGGUCAAGCCGGUUAGGAUGACACCAAAGAAAAUUCUUCAAAGCAAAGGAUCUCUACUCAGUUUACUGAGCAUGAGAAGUGGAAGCAGUCGAAAUAUAGUGGAUCCGGAAAAGGGAACGGCAGAUGGAACAAAGAGUGGAUCUCGUCCCGGAACAGGUACGGCUAUUGGUCGACUGAAAUCCGCUUCGGUUAGAAAUAUCAAUGAGAAACCAGGUACACCCAAAGGCAGCGAUCAUGAUCGCAGUAGCAUCCGCGAGAAACCUGGCAGUACUAAACCCACUCGACGGGCUUUGAGCAAGAACAACAGUCUCAUCUCGAUGAAAAGUAUUGCUCUGGCUCGCUCUUUCACCAGUAUUCACCGGCCUGCAUCGAGGGAAAACGUUGACUCAGCGAAAAACGAUUCAAUGUCGCAAAUGACCAAGGUACAGGAGGGAUCCCAGGAGCAUGACGAUGGUGACGACAUGAAAGGAAAAGGCAAAGCUAUGACAACCUCGUCAGUAACUCACGAAAUGAAUGUAGCCGGUUUCGGGGAAGGCCAAAAGGUGGCAAACGAGUUCAGCGGAAAUAGUCACCCAUCGGGGAUGGGAGAAGGGGAUGCGAUGAACAGCCAAGCAAGUGCCAAUACUGACCCGAUGAAUCGUCAACACGGGAAAGAUAACAGUGACGAGUUUAACGAGACUGGAAAAUCGAAAUGUUGUGCCUGCUGCGCACCUUGUUGGACCAAGACGUGCCUUCCGUUCAAGCGGUGCUUCGGCUGUAGUUCUUGCUGUGGCAAGGGAAAAGCUGCUGACCAGAACAAGCAGCAGCCAAAGCCGAAACCCGAGGACGCAAAGAGAAAAACUUCCUGCUGGCAGGGACUGAAGUGCUGUCGCAGUUGUCGUCGUUCAAAAACAUCCCCGGCGGAAGCACAACCGGCAGCAACACCGAAGAAAUCCUGCUGGCAAUCGUUGAGCUGCUGCGCCAGUUGCCGACGGAACAAGUCCCGGGAGUUGGUGCCCCGUUCGUCAAUUGACAGCGAACCGGAAGAGAAAACAUCACGAUGUCGGUCCUGCUGGAACAAGCUUUUGUGCUGUAAACGUUUCCGCAAGGGUCACGAUCAGCUGGAGCGCCACAAAAUGCAGCCAGAACCGGCCGAGAUGGAGACUGUCAAGUGUUGCUUUUGCUUCAAGCGGACGCGUCCCAAAUUGCAACCGAAGCCAAAGCCGAAGAAGGUGCCUGUCAAGUCAAGCUUCAACUGCAUGAGCUGCUGUAUCAUGUGCUGCCCUAAAAAGGGGGACAACAACAGCCGAAGAACCAGUACAUUUAGCAAAAAGCAAAGCAUCGCCCCAACGAUACCACCGGAAGAUUUGCGACCGAAAAUAGACAUGACGCUGGUGGAGCAUUCAUCGAUGAUGCGAGGAGCGAUUCCGGUGCUUCCAAUCUGUUUGGCCUAUUUUUGUUUGGUUCUGAACGUGUUGAUUCCCGGUGCGGGUACCAUCCUGUCCGGAGGGCUCUGUUUAUGCAUCGGAAAGCCGAGAUUCUCCCAGUACGACUCGAUUAAGGGCCGCAUCGGUUCGUUUAUCAUCAACUGCAUCGUGGGUGUGUCGCAAUGCUUCACGAUUAUCUUUUGUGUCGUCGGUUGGGGUUGGGCAAUCUGGUGGGGUACCAUAAUGAUCCGGCUAGCAAAACAACACCAAAAGAUCCUAGAAAUGGAAGCCAAUCAAGAGGAGGGCGAGGAACAAACGACUCUAUCACAGCGAACGGGUGCUUCCAACCCACCGGUUGCGAUGGUUUCCCAAAGCAAUCGGCGAGACGUUGAAACGGGUCGAUAAGUUCGCUGGGAGUCGGAGGGCAGCUGCUGCCUUUGUCUACUACUUUGUACACACCAAACAGCACUACUACGACUGCUACUGUUGCAACCAGCGAACGUCACUUUCCCGCACAAACUACUUCAACCCACGGCGAGCAGUGUAGGCCAAUUUCCUGUUUUUAAAUCCGAUCUUUUUGUAGUGACCCCUUUUGAAGUUUGGUCGAACCGGUCGAAAUCUGUACGGAAGCAGAGCUUCGAGUCGUUUUUACUAUGUACUUUCUACUAUAUACUGUUAAACUACUACAAACGAAUGGACUAACGUUGCAAGGGAAGAAUAAAG